AUGAGGCUUGGCAUUGGAGUUUUUAAGCCAUGUGAUGUGGUACAUGGUUCAAUCCAUGUGGUGGUGCCAAAACACUGCGCCACCUCUUAUUCAAUGAGGCUCAAAACAAAUCUGAGUGUUACAAACUCGUGGAGCCCAGUCCGAGGUGAUUCAGGCCAGUGUCGUGCUGCCACCCCGACGAAAAAGCUCAGCGACAAGUGGAGGGAGUAUCAAGGGAUCAAGAACUGGGAAGGCCUACUUGACCCACUUGAUGAUGAUCUACGAGAUGAGAUACUACGGUAUGGAGAUUUUGUCGAAGCAGCUUAUCGUUCCUUUGAAUUUGACACGUCAUCCCCAAACUAUGCCACGUGUCGGUAUUCUAAAAACUCAAUGCUAACUCAAUGCGGACUUGGCAAAAGUGGGUAUAAAUUAACCAAAAAUCUACGUGCAACGUGUGGGAUCCAGCUGCCACGUUGGAUUGAUAGAGCGCCAAGUUGGCUUUCCACUCAGUCGAGUUGGAUCGGUUACGUGGCAGUUUGUAACGACAAGGAUGAGAUUGCUAGGCUAGGACGUCGCGAUGUGGUGAUCGCCUAUAGGGGCACUGCCACGUGUCUCGAGUGGUUUGAAAAUCUACGCGCCAGAUUAACCAACUUACCUAGUGAUGUGGAUGGCAAAAUUGGUGGACCAAUGGUGGAAAGCGGGUUUUUGAGCAUGUACACGUCAAGCACUACCACGUGUCCGAGUUUACAAUACUUGAUAAGAGAAGAGAUCUCGAGAAUCCUUCAAUCUUACGGUGAUGAGCCACUUAGUGUGACAAUCACGGGUCAUAGCCUUGGCGCUGCGCUAGCUACACUUACGGCAUAUGAUAUUACUACAACUUUCAAUCACGCACCUUUGGUGACCGUCGUUUCAUUUGGAGGACCACGUGUAGGAAACAAAAGCUUUCGAUGUCAGCUCGAGAAAAGUGGGACCAGAAUACUACGCAUCGUAAACUCAGAUGAUCUCAUCACUAAGGUGCCAGGUUUUGUGACCCAAAAUGAUGACAUGGCGGACACACGGGCGGUUCAAGUGGCGGGACUGCCAAGCUGGCUUCAAAAGCGCAUGGAGGACACACUAGGGGUAUAUGCUGACGUGGGUAAAGAACUUAGACUAAGCAGCAAAGAGUCACCCUACCUCUGCAAUGGGAAUGUUGCCACGUGUCAUGAUUUGAAGACGUAUCUGCAUUUGGUGGACGGUUUCGUGAGCUCCACGUGUCCUUUCAGGGCCACUGCCAAGAGGGUUCUCAGUAGAACCCAACAUAAAAAACAGCUUCUGUUUAGAUGA